AUUUAACCGCUGUAUGCUUCCCUUUUUCACCAAGGACUAUGCACCCCUACUCUCUUCAUCUGCUCGUCUGGCCACAAGCUGCUUCGUUCACUCAUUUAAAACGUUCAAAUUUGAUCCCCCAUACUUAAUUGACUUAAGUUUUGCCGUUCCAGCCAGUAAAAGGCGUUACAAAAUAUUUAACAUAAAUUCUACUGAAGUUAAAGCCGAGUUUGAUAUAGCUGAAUACAAAAGAGCCUUCACAUCUAUUCGUUUGCCUAUUAUUGUGGAUAUAAUGCAGCAAAACUUGCCACAAGGUGUCCGCUUUAGCUUCCAGAAGUUCGAUCCUGAUAUUGAAGAAUCGUUAUAUGUUCCCCGACUGGAAUUGACGGCUCUGGCCGGUGAGCUGUCAAAAAUCGGAAAAGUUGCUGGGAACUAA